UGGUAGUAAGCGCGAAUUUCACUCGUUUCGCAGCAACGGACAGACGCGGACACAACAUUAGUUUAAACCAAUUGCUGCAAUUAUAGCAGCAAAAACAAUAUAACCAAGUGAAGCAGCGACGAACGCUAGCAUACGCGACUCAGGCACAGUGCAAACAAAACCAAUAUAAUUUUGUGGUGCGUCAUUUCGCGUGAAAAAUACAAUUAUUAACGGAGCCACGACGAGCACUCAUCGAUUUUUAGCCGAAAACAAAAUUGAAGCUAAAUUUUAAGAAAAAGUUGAAACUGCAAAACGAAUAAUAUCAACAGUAGCAACUCAGUGUUACUUAGUUGCAUUUGAGUUCCCAAAGUGUUAAGGAGAGAAAAUCUGGAAAACUGACUGUCAAAAGAAAGAUUCGCUGCGAUGGCAACUUCAUCGGUAAUCGCCACCAACAACACCAACAACACAAUUAACGCGGGCUCAGCUGCCACAGUCGCUGCCGCUGCUGCUGCCACCGCCGCUGCCGCUGCCGCCGUUGUAGUCACAUCGACGCUGAGCACACGUAAACGCAGCUACGAGACUGCGAUUGUCAUGCCCGCCAUGGAAGCCAAAAGUCAAACGACACCAAUAACGACAACAACAACGACGACGAUACGAUCAACGUCAGCAACGAAAGCUUCGAGGGCAGCAAGCAGUCCGGAACGAGAGCUCAAAGCGGAUUCGGUAGUUGUGGACAUUGUGGACAGUGUGGACAUUGCCGAGUCACAGACAGCAAUCACAUUGCGCGACUGCACGCGCACAAUCUCACAAAGCGAUGCUGAUGUCGAUGAUGGCGGUGAAGCGACCUCACCCGAUGACACCCUGCCCUCUGCCGCCUCCACAGCAGCUGUCGACUAUCUCAAUGGAAGCCCUGGAACGGCAACUGCAUCUCCAAAUGCAUCUGCAAAUGGAAUCAAGCGUCAAUAUGUUCUACCGCCACCGCGUCCUCACACGCCCGCUGAACUGGCGGCGUUAUCCAAUCGCCAAUCGAAUAUCAGCAGCGGAACUGCCGAUUUGGCGACAAUUUGCAAGCCGGCGCCUUUCUCCGGCGAUGAGGAGGCAAUUUUGGAGCGCGAACGUUGCGAUUAUACAAAACGGAUUACGUAUCAAAUGGCACGUUCUGGGCAAACGAAUCGCCGGGUGCGCGUCUACGCGGAUGGCAUCUAUGAUCUGUUCCAUCAGGGCCAUGCCAGGCAACUAAUGCAGGCCAAGAAUAUAUUCCCCAAUGUGUAUCUAAUUGUGGGCGUGUGCAAUGAUGAACUCACGCAUCGCAUGAAGGGACGCACUGUCAUGAAUGGAUUUGAACGCUACGAAGGUGUACGCCACUGUCGCUACGUAGAUGAGAUUGUCCAGAAUGCCCCUUGGACGCUAUCGGAUGAGUUUAUAGCGGAAAAUAAAAUUGACUUUGUGGCUCACGAUGACAUUCCCUACGUACACGAUGGUCUCGAUGAUAUCUACGGUCCCCUAAAGGCACGCGGCAUGUUUGUGGCCACAGAGCGCACUGAGGGCGUCUCUACCUCUGACAUUGUGGCUCGAAUUGUAAAGGAUUAUGAUUUGUAUGUGCGUCGCAAUCUCGCACGUGGAUACUCCGCCAAGGAUUUGAACGUCUCUUUCCUAUCCGAGAAGAAGUUCCGCCUGCAAAACAAAAUGGACGAACUGAAGUCGCGUGGCAAGCGUGAAUUAACCAAAGUCAAGGGCGACAUUAUUACCAAGUGGGAGGAAAAGUCCCGUGAAUUUAUUGACACAUUUCUGCUGCUCUUCGGACGUGAGCGUCUCAAUCAUUUGUGGAACGAGUCCAAGGGCAAGUUGAUUCAAGCGCUGAGUCCACCUGGCAGCCCAUCGGGUUCGAUAAAUGGCGAUGACCUGGACGCGGAUGCCAACGAUUCCUCCGAUGAAUAUCUGGAGCUGCCCACAGAAUACAGCGGUGGCAGCAGCAGUUCUUUAAAUGGAAAAAAGAAACGAUUGUCGCUGGCCCGACGCAGCUAUCUAAAACAUUCGGCCUCUGGAUCCUUUCCAAAUGACGAUGAUGAUGAUAAUGAUGAUGUUGCCUUCGAUACGGAGUAAUUGAAAAGAUUCAAGAAGAAACUUUUAGAUUUGGCUAGCCUAAACUAUAUUUCAAUUUUUUCUCUCUCUCUCUCUGUCUGUCUUUAAGCUAUUGUAUAUUUAUUAAAUUGUUGUUUGGUGCAAAAGGAAAUUGUGGCACACACGGGAUCGACCCGCAACAUAUGCAAUAUUCUAUAGCUCUAAAUGGUAUUUGUAAUCUGCUAGAUUUAGUUUCACUUGCACUCGCUCCUCGUCUUCGUCCACGCCCGCCUCCAGCCCCGCCCCAUAACUUUGAGUCGAGAGUAGCAAAUUGUUUAGCCAAAUGAGCCGCAAAUCAUUCACGGAAG